GGUCGGCAUGAUGUCACAGCAGCUUAUUUUAAAUGUGACGUAUCUAUUUCCACAUUGGAUACCGAACGCGAUAGUACACUCCAAAAAGAUUUUUUGUGUUAUUUAUUUAAUUGAGAGAAAAGUGCUAAAAUGUCAUAUUAUUCACCGAGGAGAGCAGGUGCUGUUUCACCACCACGGCUCACAGACAAGCUCCGGCUAUACCAUGUAGACAUGAACCCCUACGGUCACCGAGUUUUAUUGAUAUUGGAAGCAAAAAAAGCUAAAUAUGAAAUCUACCGGCUCGACCCCCUCCAUUUACCGGAAUGGUUCAAAGCGAAAAACCCAAGACUAAAAAUUCCUGUUCUCGAAAUACCAACGGAACAAGGAGAUCGAUGUUUAUUCGAGAGUGUUGUUAUUUGCGACUAUUUGGACGAGAAAUACGCACGGAACCCGUUACAUUCCAGAGAUCCGUUUGUCAAAGCACAGGAUAGACUGCUUAUAGAGAGAUUCAAUGAGUUAAUAAAAGGAAGCUUAGAAUGUUUCGACACAAACUUCGCUUUUGGCAGCGAGCAAAUCAUUCAAACGAUGGAAAUAUUCGAGAAGGAAUUGGCGUUGAGAGGUACAAAUUACUUCGGCGGAAACAAACCAGGUAUGUUGGACUACAUGAUAUGGCCAUGGGUUGAAAGGCUGUAUCUUUUACGAUGCAUCAAUGAGAAGAAGUUUGAUGAAAAAAGAUCGAGGUUCCCUAAUUUUGCUGAUUGGGGUGACCAAAUGCAGCUCGAUGAAGUUGUGAAAAAACACUCGAAUUCGCCGUCAGAAUAUUUCGAUUAUUACGAAAACGCUAGGACACAUGCAAUGGGCUACUAUCUAUAAUGUUUAAUAUAAAGAUAAAUGUCCACUGGUUGUAUUGUAUAGCGCGAUAUCGUGCGAUACUUUUCUGUUUAAAUACAAGUCGAAUGGAACAACUUU